AACAAGAACAUUAAAACAGGCCCGGCUACAUAUUUAUUAUAUAUACUUAUUUUAUCUCUAUCAGUUGAAAACCACUGAAAAACUUUAUAAACGAAAUAAAAGCUGUUAAAAUGUAUUUAAUGUUUUUUUCUUUAGAGAAACUUUUCAUUCAUAUCAUCAUAAUUACUUAAGGAAAGGGAGAAAUCAUGUUUGUUAAAGGGGGACAGUCCCCCCCCCCUCCUGUAUAAUGGUUCAGUCCAGGCUGCUGGAGGAGGUCUCACUCCUACACAGAUAUGGGGGACCGAAAAACCUGAAGCAAGAGGUGGACACAGAAAACAACCUGUUUUAAAACUUUAUUAUCAAAACACAUACAGACAACAAACAGUGAUAUAGUAUAUUUUAUUGAAUAGCUACUUUUGCAUAUUUAAACAUAAAAUAUCAGACAACAUUUUAAAAUGCAUAAAAGUAUUUCUUCUAUAGUUACAUCACAGAUUUCAUUUAAUAUCUGUGAUGUAUAUUAAAAUAUCUGGAAUUUUGAUAUACAGGGUUUUCUUACCUGAGUCUUAAUUACACCAAACUGUCCAGUUUGCUUCAUUUCUGUAUUAUGACGUGUACCUAUAUUCUGUUUGUGCCUACAGUCAGUUUUGUUUACAUCUUAGUCCUAAAAAUAUGAAGUAAAUGGCUUUUUUAUUUUAUUUUGUAGAGCGAUUGAAAUAGAAAUAUUCCCAUUUUAAAAAGCAACAUGAAAAAAAUAAUUCACAUUUCUGUUUUAGAAUGAAUGUAAAUGAAUGUGUGCUAUAUUUAAUUAGCCACUUUUGAGUAUUUAAAAGUAAAAUACCAGAAAAGAUUAACUGGUGAAAACAUUUGACUCUGAUGUAUCCAGAAUAUAUCCACUGUGCAUAUUCCUGUUGUGGAAACGUGUGGAAAACAUCGGUAACUAGGUCAUGAUCAAUUUAUUGUUUUGCUUGAUUGAAGAUCAAAUAAAAAAAUAAAUAAAAACUUGCACUACAAAAAAUAGUAACUUGUGUUAAGUAAAAAAAUGAAGGACCGGAUCAUCAGAUUAUUAUUAUUAUUAUUAUUAAUAUAUUCAUAAUAUUAAGGUGCUGCUGAUUGGUCAAGCUGCCCUCUGCAGGCGGGUCUAGUUAAAGCUGCGGAGUGAGACCUCCUCUCACGCUCAUGGAUCUGUGUGCUCCGUCCUCUCCGCCCGGUGCUGCGGUUCUCUCCGCCGCUGCAGCUCUGACAGCUUCUCCCUCCAUCCUCCGCUGCUGAGGCCGGUGAGGAGCAGCCGGACCGCCCUCCUCCUCCUCUCUGGACUCGGACCGUCUCCUCGGGUCAAUCUCCGAACAUCCGAACCGUCGAUGAAGACGAAGCGGGUCGGGUUUUGUUCCGUGUUCGUGUCGGAUCAGCUGCUGCAGCGGGGAGAUGCUGUCAUGAGGAGACGUCACUGAUUUACACCGAGAACAGAACACGGCAGCGGGAGGAUCGACUCACUGAGGAACACACGGGAACAGAACCGGACUCGAUCAGACGGCACAUGUUCUGCAGUUCACCAGCCGAGGAAGUGAAACCCCGCCCGAGUCACAGCAGCUGGUCACGUUGUCAUGUCUGCGGGAUCCGACGAGAUUUGUGUCUGAGUCAGGAAAGAAAAACACUUGAAGGAUGCUGAUGAGCUUCCUGAUCUGAUCUCCAACAUCCGGUAACGGCCGGUCCGGUCCUGUUCGAGCUCAUCUUAAAUCAGAAAAGAGGAUUAAUGAAUCUUAAGUUUAAAAUAUUACGCAGUUACUCAGAAAUCAGUUGAAUUCAGUUUGAUUUAAGCUCCAAAAAAUCUGAAUAAUUAGAUUCAGGAGUUCAGGAGCUUUUGAUCGUCUCACACUGUCUUCUUCAGAGACAAGACGUCAAGUUCUGAUGUCAGCGGGUCGGAUCUUGACACUGGAGCUCAGAGGACGGAGGCCCAACAGGGACAAAAUCUCUUUCAUGUGAUUUAUAUUUAUCCCAACUUCCCAACAAAGUUUUUCAGUUUUGGAUCGAAGUUUUUCUGAGAGUCCAGGAAUAAGUUCUGCACCUGACCCGGCAGUUCUGUCCUGACUUCACCGAUCGAUCCAGAGAAACUCACGCCCGUCGUGUCCGACAUGCUCGACGUGGUGAAGAUGAAGGAGGCGUGCAGGAUCUGCGCCCGCGAGCUCUGCGGAAACCAGCGCCGAUGGAUUUUCCACCCAGCAGCCAAAGUCAACCUGCAGGUGCUGCUGUCCCACGCUCUGGGCCACGAGCUGACCCGGGACGGCCGAGGGGAGUUCGCCUGCUCCAAGUGCACCUUCAUGCUGGACCGCAUGUACCGCUUCGACACGGUCAUCGCCCGCGUGGAGGCGCUGUCUCUGGAGCGCCUCCACAAGCUGCUGCUGGAGAAGGACCGGCUGAGGCAGUGUAUCGGAGGACUGUACCGGAAGAACAACGCCGAGGACGGGACCGCGGUUCCGCCCGGGCCUGUUGAACCUGAGCCGGCGUCUGAGGACUCUCCUGUGGUGGAUCUGUCGGCCCUGCAGGAUGUCAGAUACUCAGACAUGAUCCAGGAUGAUCUGACCUACUCUGUGUACGAAUCCUGGGCUGACAAGGAGGACCCCGCCCUGGACCAGCACACCCACCAACACCACCACCACCUCCUGCAGUGCCCGGCAGCAGACCCUCUCUCGGCCCAGAAGCCGAGGCGGUGCCGAGGUUGCGCAGCUCUCCGUGUUGCUGAUUCGGACUACGAGGCGGUGUGUAAGGUGCCUCGCAGGGUUGGGCGCAGGAGCACAUCCUGCGGCCCGUCUACCCGCUACUCAGCAACCACUCUGGGGCCCGAGGACUCCAACAAGGCCUCCGGAGGUUCUGACACUACAGUCGUCUCCUUUGAGUCCAGCUCAUCUGAGUUGGACACUGAUAAGACCCUGUGUGGCCAGACGAGCCCCAGCCCGGCAUCGUCUGUAGAGUCUCUGGACACGGCCGUGGACGUCAGCUGCCCUCCAGCGAACCACAAAGAGAGAGAAGAAGCAGAACCAGAGGAGGCUCCAGUGAGGAGGGACACUCCGUGGGACAAACCCCCGAGUGACAGCUCGUUCUCUGGGCUGGACACGAUGCUGAGCCUCCUGAGGGGCUGGGAGUACCGGCCCGUGAAGCCUCGCAGGGGCAGCAAGCUCCCAGUUCUGGUCAAAGCCAAACUGGAGCAAGGCCUGUCGCUGCCGGUCCCUCUGAGGUCGCCCUGUGGAGGGACAGUGGACUUUGGGCUGUUCCCCCAUCAGACGGUACCGGAGAUCGUGACCCCGUGUCCCCAGCAGGAGCUGCAGGUGGAGCUGGCAGAGAUGGAGGAACAGUGGCUGGAUGAUUAUGUGAAGUGCGGCCCAUUCCGCUUUCAGCAGAGGCUGAUCGAUGAGCAGCAGGGUCAGCUCAGUCAGUACGAGAGCGCUGCGGGUCAGUGUGUCGGCGAGCUGCAGAAGGCCCAGGACCAGGUCCGCUCGCUGCAGGCCAAGAUCAGAGAGAGCGAGACCAGGAACCAGAAGCUGCAGGAGCGGCUCGGUGAGAUGGAGCUGGAGCUGCGAUCAGCUCAGGAGGAAGCUCAGCGACAGGAGAGAAACAUCCAGAACAUUACUGACACCGUCAACUCCAAGGAGGCACAGGCUGCAGAGCUGUAUCGGGUGAUUGAGGAGCAGAAUAAGAUGCUGUGUUCUCUCAAAGAGCUCGCCAACCGCAACCAGCUGCAGCAGCUGCAGGCGUCCGGUGCUGAGAGUAUCCGAGGUCAGGGUGAGGUUCUGGCUCUGCAGGCGUCUCUCUUCCAGGCUCAGCUGGAGCUGCAGGCCGAUCAGCGGGCCCAGCAGCAGGCGUCCAGGACGCAGGAGGACCUGAGCCGAGCCCUGCAGAGGCUGGAGACGGACCUGCAGGGGGCGCUGCAGCACAGGAGGGAGACGGAGAGGCACAACCAGGACCUGCAGCUGGCUCUGGAGAAGGCUCGGUCCGCCCUGCAGGAGAGAGAGGAGCAGCUGAAGGAGGCUGAGCAGGAGCGACGGAGGCAGGACGAGGAGAGAGAGAAGACCAUCAGAGUGCUGAGGACGUCCCUGCUCACCAAAGAGCAGCUGAUAGAGGACUGUGAGCUGCUGGAGGAUCCGAAGGAGAAGAGAGACUCUCUGCUUCAGAAACUCCGCCAGCGAAUCAAGGAGAGAGACCGAGCCCUGGAGCGAGCUGUGGACGAGAAGUUCCGCUGCGUGGAGGAGAAAGAGGAGGAGACUCGUCGUCUUCAGCUGCUGCUCAGGGAGAAGGAGAGAGACCUGGAGAGGCAGCGCUGCGUCCUGGCCAGCAACGAGGAGACCAUCACCAGCCUGGAGGUGCUGGUGCGUGGGAAAUCUCUGGAGCUGGAGCAGGUGUGCGACGCCUCGAGGAGCGUCCAGCGGCAGCAGCAGGAGAGCGAAGAGAGACAGAGCCGCAUCCUGAGGGAGCGGGACGCCAUCAUCAGCCAGCUGCAGGCGGCGCUGCACGCUCGCACGCAGGAGGCCCAGGAGCUGCGCUGCUCUCUGCUCACUCAGAUCCAAACAGCUCCCAGCGACAUUCUGGAGGAGCUGAAGGUCCGCCUCCAGCUCAAAGACCGCCUCUUCCAGGAAGUCCUGGCUGACCGGACGUGCCAGGCCCAGGAGCACCAGGAUCAGGUCCAGGACCUGCUCAGAUCCAUCAGCUCCAGGGACCAGUACAUUCAGGACUCUGCCAGCCGGCUCGGUGAGGUGAUGUCCGAGCAGACGGCGAGACUCCAGGAGCUCCGCAGACAGCUGAGCUCAGCCGUCGGAUCGAGGUCUGACUCCGGACUGGAGCUGCAGGCCCUGCAGGAGGAGCUGCGUCUGGCUCUCAGGAGGGAGAAGGAGAGCCAGGAGCUGAGCAGGAGUCAGGCCAGCAGGGUGGACUCCCUCACCGUGACGCUGCAUGUGAAGGAGGAGAUCAUCAGGGACUUCCAGAGGCAGAUGGUGGAGCCCUCAGCUCUCCCGCUGGUAGAGAGGUUGACUCAGGAGGUCCAGGAGCUGAGGGAGAGCCUGGUGCAGCAGGACGGUCCCCCGGUCAGAGGCCCCAUCCUGGGCCGAGACCGAGCCAACGGCAGGCAGCCCGAGUUUGGAGAUCUGAGCUCAGAGGACGAAGACGAGGCCGACGAUGAUUUGAACAGCGAGUACACGGAGAGCGUCGAUGGAGAGGAGUCCAGACUGAUGCUCCAGUCCGUGGCCAACGCCAAGGGCUCUGGAGGUCCAGGAAAGGUUCCGGCUCAGGAUGUGUUAUUUGAAGGUCAGGGGCUGAUGGAGGUCAAACAGCUGGUGGAGCAGAAGCGGGUGGUGGAGCGAGAGCUGGGGGAGCUGAAGGCUCAGCUGGAGAAGGCCGGCUUCUCCUCCCUGUCACAGAUGAGGAAAGCUUUGUUCAGUCUGCAAGCAGAGAACGAAGAUUUGAAGCAUCAGGUGACUGAAGGGCUGCAGCCGGACGGUCAACAGUGUGACGGACGGACGGUGUUGGAUGGUGACGAGGAGGAGGAGGAGGAGGAGGAGUUGGAUGUGACUAUAGAAGGUGUGGAGGAGGACGAAGAGGAGGAAGAAAGCUCAGAGCUGUGGGACGCCUGGGACAACGAGCUGCCUCUGUCUCAGACCAACAUCCAGGUCAGCGAGCAGAGGAAGAAGAGGCCCGAGUCACUUCGCCUGCUCUCCACCUCCUCACAGGCCGGACUGGACAGCGAGUCGUCAGGCGGUGAGAAGACGAAUCAUCUGCAGCAGAAGAGCAAAGAGCUGCGAGAGAGACUGAUGGUGUCCGAGGCCACGGUCCAGGCUCAGGCCGAGCAGCUCAAAGACUACAGGCAGCUGCUCACGGAGACAACAGUGCAGCAGGACAGUAAGCAGAUCCAGGUGGACCUGCAGGAUCUGGGCUACGAGACCUGCGGCCGCAGUGAGAACGAGGCUGAGAGGGAGGACACGAGCAGCCCGGAGUUCGAUGACCUGGAGAUGUGCACCUCUCUGGACUGCGGGUCUCAGUGGUGGCCUGCCAGCAGCAGCAGCAGCUCCACCUUCACUAAGACCACCACCAUCCAGAGCUCCGGUUACGGGGACGAGACGUCCCUGCAGCGCCUCGUCGAGGACCUCCGCUCCCAGCUGUCCCGCUCUCAGGCGGUGAUCCGCGGCCUGCAGAGCCGCCUGCGCUCCCUCUCCACCUCCAGCGACUACGGACCCUCCACGCCCCGCAAGGUCAACUGGUCCUUCCAGGCGUCGCCCUCCCAGAGCGGGGCGGAGGAGGAUGAAGGCUGGCAGUCGUCUGACGGAGGUCCUCUGGCUUCCCCCCGUCACCCUCACCCAGACAAGGGCCUGCAGGAGCUGGUGUCCCGCGUGGACGCGCUGGAGGACCAGCUGAGGAAGGGAGGCAAGAAGUCCGUCAGCGAGGACACGAAGUCUGCCACCUGGCCGGGUAAAUUCGACUCUCUCAUCAAGGCUCAGGCCAGAGAGCUGUCUCACCUCCGCCAGCGGCAGAGGGAGGGCAGGGGGGUGUGCAACAUCCUCACCCAGCACCUGGGCGACACCACCAAGGCCUUCGAGGAGCUGCUGAGGGCCAACGACAUCGACUACUACAUGGGCCAGAGCUUCAGGGAGCAGCUGGCCCAGAGCAGCGCUCUGGCUCAGAGAGUCAGCGCCAAGAUCAGCGGACGAGAUCAUCCGGAAGAUCCAGAUGACAAGACGGAGCUGCUCGCCAUCCGGCUCAGUAAGGAGCUCCAGCAGAAGGACAAGAUCAUCGAGUCUCUCCGCGCCAAACUAAACCAGCAUCACCACCAUCAUCAGCCUCAUCGCUCCGAUACGCCCAGCAGCAGCCACGCCCUCUCCGACACCACCGACCAGUCGGAUCGCAUCUCCUACGUGUCCGAUGAGCACGGGUCCAUCAACGAGGACCUGGAGCUCUGCUCCGAUGUGGAUGCCGCCAGCGAGCUCGGACAGAAGGAAACGGGGACGUCUGCCAGACUCAGCACAGACUGCCUCUCUCACAGUAGCACCAUGUCACGCCACCCGUCUGUCCCUCCAUCCACCUCCUCCUCCCACAGAGCCCAGUCGUGGCUCAGCUGUCCCAGCAUGCAAUGCCCCGGCUCGCCACACAAACCCGCUGACACGCAGAGUCAGACAGCUCCGGCCUCAGGCUUCACCUCUGCCCCCAUCCACCCUCCCCCCUUUGCCUCCUCCACACAGAGGGUACCUUUGCCCUUCCAUCCCCACCCCACAACCCCGCGAACCCGUUACCAAGCCAGCGGGGGAGUGGGUUUCUCCCUGGCUGAGGUGCAUCAGGAGCUGCAGAUGUUACAGAGGCAGCUGGGAGACAAUGACAGGUUUUCCACUCCCCAGUCCAAACCUCUUCAGGGUUUCCCGUUCACCCACCAGCAGCCCGACUCUUCUGCCUUCCUGCCUCUCUCCUUCCACGGUUACCAGCCGUCUCCUUUCAGCAGCGCCAACAGCAGCGGUCUGGACACCAGCUCGGCCAUGAAAGCUGGGGCCAGUCUGCUGGAGAGCACUGCAUUGUGGGAUAUGGCUUACGGCACCCGGCCGGUGAGAGUCGGAGCCGACCUGUCUUCGGGAUCUUCGGGGUACCAGUCAGGCACGAGUAACACAGGUUCAGAUCUGAUGAAGGAACACCUGAGAGAGAUCAGGAGUCUGAGACAGAGACUGGAGGACUCCAUCCAGACCAACGACCGCCUCCGACAGCAGCUGGAGGAGAGACUGGCCCGCACCGCCACUGAGAAAGGUGCUCCUACCAACAUCUACAUCCAGGGUCUGGACUCUGUCGGCCAGCUCUCCAGUGAGAUCCGACUCCUGAAGGAGGAGAACGUCAGUCUGCAGAACCAGCUGAAGCAGGCGAGCAGAGAGGGCAGUAAGGAGGCGGAGCAGCUGAGGGAAGCGGCGCUGCUGGAGCGAGCCAGGGUGAAGGAGGCGGAGCUAGAAGCCGAGCGGUGGGCGGAGCAAAGCAGGAAGCUGCAAACAGAGGCUGAAGCUCGCGACCAAGAGAUAACACAGCUGAAGCAGGAGAGGCAGAGGAACCAGGAGGCCAUCAACAGACUCCAGCACGAGGUGAGCGUCCUCCAGCAGCAGGUGUGUGAGAGCCGCGGCCUGGUCCAGUCUCUGCAGUGUGAGCUGCAGGUGUACCAGAGAGUGUGUGGAGUCGCCACCAACACACACUCAGGUCAGUCCAGUGAUGCUGCGACCUUUGACCCCAGAGAUCUGCACAUCCAGCUGGAGCAGCAGCUGAGCGGACAGGCUGACACUCAGCCGCGAUCCAGGAGGAAGCUGUUCAGCGAUAACGUUCCCUCCCCUCCUGUGAGGGACACCGGACUCGUCAGUCCUUCGUCUCCUCUACAUCCUGCACACAAACAUGCAGAAGGGAACGGAGCAGCCGGUCAGGCCUCCACCCUGCAGGGUCAAGCCCCAGACGGCUCAUUCGCCAACCGUCAUGGCCGCCACGCAGUGGGCCACGCUGACGACUUCAAAGCUCUGCAGCAGCAGAUCCUGGAGGGCAGCGCACUCCUCCACAAGAUGGAGGCCAGCCUGUAUUCCUUCCAUCAGCCUUCAGACUCAGGUUCUGUCAGGAAGCUGCUGUCCGACACCAAAACCCUGCGACAGAUCCUGGAGGAGGCCGGCUCUCUGCUGCAGAUGUUCUGGAGAGCAGCUCUGCCGAACCACGAGGAGACCCGACAGGACCAGACUCUGAGGGACGAGGUGGUUUCUCUCCGUCUGCAGCUCUCAGAGCGAGAAGAGGCUCUAAAGGACGCCAUGGAGAGAGUGAAGAGCUCCAACCGCACCAAAGAUAGCAUGGAGCACUUUAUAGUCAGCCAGCUGUCGAGAACGAAGGACGUGUUGAGGAAAGCCAAGACAAACUUACAGGAGAACGAGCUCAGGAUUUCCUCCCUUCGCCGAGCCUCUUUCUCCAUUCCUCCUUCCCCUUCCUCUUUUUCCUCCUCCUCUUCCUCGCUCCCCUGGCCUGGUACAGGUGAAAACUCAGGAGGCUUCUGUGAGCUCGCCUUCUCUCCUGGUUGGGGUGUCCUGACGCCCCGGACUUCCUCCAUCUCCUCCUCGUCCUCCUCUGCAGUCCUGGCACCGGCUCGCCACCAGCGCCCCCUGCAGUCAGCCUUCCUGUAGUGCACCAGCCCCGACCUUCUCCUCCUCUUCUUCUUCAUCAUCUGCUGUUCGAACAGAAAAUGCUGGAAAUCCUGUCUUUGUUACCUGCUGGAGAAACAUUUCGGUUGAGUUGUGAGUGUCUGAGUGUUGAUGGAUGUUUGUCUGGUUGUUUCUGAAUGUGAACGACUGUCACUGUGUGUUGGUAGAACUUUGUCACUGAAGUGUUUUCUCUCAUUUAAAUGAGAGCAGUCUGAUUUUGACUGAAGUUGGCUCAUGAUUCAGAGCUCCUGAUGAAGCCUUCCUGAUUGAAACCAGAUUUGAAACGGGUCGGUUCAGUCCAGGUUUGACACGUCUGACCUCAGCAGGUUUUAAUGCAGACUUGGUCCGAUGCCGUCGAGGCAGAUGAGCAAAGGAAUCUGAAUGUGAUAUCAAGACUCAGAGGGAAAAUUCUCCCUCAUCUCAUAAUAAAUCAGCUCCCGAUCAGAAGCCAGCUUCAGCCUCGUACUUCAGCAGGGAUUCAAGAGACAAAAAUCCGGAGCUCUAAAAGAAAGCUGAAACCAAACUGCAAAGUGCUUCCUCUCAGCCUCUGUCGAGGCUUGUGUUUGUAGUUAGUGUGUAGAGUAGCUGCAUGUUGGUUUGAGCGACCCGUGGAAACAAAGCCAUACUCUCAGACGGUAGAGUAGAUGUUUCUAAUCUGUCACACAAAUGGCCGACUGCUGAUGACUUACAGAGAAUAGUAGAGCUACCAACAGGCUGUUUGGUCGCAUAGCUGGUAGAUUAGUUCUUGUGCAUUUACUCACACAUUAAAAUGAUUUGCUCAUUGUCCUCCAGACUCCAGAGUUUAACUGUUCAACGUGGAGUCUUCAGAUGUUUCAAGAAAUUUGGGUCCAACCCAGUUUUUUUUUUUGUCUCCUGCUGAGAUCCAACCUGCAGUGUUAAUAAAGCCUUCUGAUGAAGCUGCUGUGAUUUUAAUAAAGCAGUGUUAAUAAAACAAAAACACGCACACGUUGGGCGGUUUGUGCGAUGCCUUCUGUAAACUAUCCGACAAUCUGUUUUACAUGAAAAGAGUUUUAUAGUGAACGGUCCAAAGAGAGAGAUGACAUUUCAGUUUUGUAACCAGAAAGAUGGACCACACUUUUAUCUUCUUUUUUUGUUUUAUAUAUAUAUAUAAAUAUACAUAAAUUCUUUUUGUUGUCUUUAUUUUUUCUUUUUUACUAAAUUUGUGAAUCUGUUAAAGUUUCCCUCAAGAUGACAAUCACUUUAAAACUAAAACAUCUGGACGCUUCCUUCAGAAGCUCUGCAGGAUUAAUGACGCUCACUGUGCAGAUUCACGUGUUAUCAGAUUGAGUAUUUGACACUUGUGGCUUCUCCACGUUUUACUUCUGUUGCAGUUUGUCUUGGUUUCUCUGGAUAGUUCGUUUAGGCUGUUUUAUUUUCUGUGCAUGAACUGUGGCUUUACUGCCCACAAAUACUGUUACUGAAAUAUGCAAAUUUCUUUGGGUUACUGUGCAAUAAUAGCCUUUGUGGUUGCUUUUGUGGAUGUUUUUUUUUUUUUUUAGGUCUGGGUGUUUAAGUGCCAUGUCAUCUGUUUUUAACUUUGAAGCUGGAUUAAUUUAAAACGACUUUUGGAUGAAUUAGCCAGUUUUUUGACAAUCAAUUUGAAGCAGAAGUUUUAUUGGCCCCCCAGUUUUAUAAACAUUAUAUAUAUAAAAAAAGAAAAUCAUUAAAGAGCACUGUAAUGAGAUAUUGAAAGAGCAAUAAGAUCAACCAAAGUGAACAACGUGUAUGUUGUCAAAUCAGGUGUAAAACAAUCAAGUUUAGGUAUUUUUUGUGUUUUCCCCCGCAGGUCAAAGGUCAAACUUAGUGUCUUUCUCAGUGUCUGUGGUUUUAGGAGCCACGUCUCAUGUAUGUACAUAUUAAAGGGAGUGUGUGCAUCGAUGCAAGUUUUGUUUUGUUGCUGUUUGAAAAAGACCAGCUGUAUUUUUAUGCAUGUUGUCUUUAUUAACAAAAAAAAAGUUUGGGGGUAAAGUAAAUGAACCUUUUUUUAAUAAAAGGGGACAAAACUUC